UACCAACUAUAAACAUACGUUUUUAAUCUAAUUUGCAUACUCAUAUUAUAUGUUUACACAUACCGAUUUUAUAUGUACUUCGUAAACAUUUGUCAAUUUACUGUUGAACGUUACCUUGAUACUUUUUUCGAAAUUUGACUACGGCUAUAAUACACGAUUAUACUCUUCACAAGUGCCUUCUGAUUUUACGUUGUGGGCGUCGAGUAGCCACAACGUCUGCGCACAUUGAUAAACGUGAAGAAGUACUAGGAAAUACGUGUACGCUCAUUUAGUCAAAUAGAACACGCAAUAAAUUGGUGAGCCCCGACGAUAACUUGCUGAUCCCGACGACAAAUUGCUGACUCCGACGACGACUUUUGACCUCGACGCGUUUGUACACUUACUGGAUUAUUGAAACUCUAACUUUCGUGGAUUUAUAUAUUUAUUAAACAAUUCGAACUCAUUUUUGUGUUUUCUCAUAGCACAACCUGCAGUAAUUUGUGGUAAGCACCUGCAUUGCAUUUUUUCUGUUUUGCCAUAUUCUUAUUGUGCACAAAUUUUGCCAUUUUCCUACUCUUAAACCAUUUUUUUUACGAAUUGUAACAUGUCUUCCAAUACCUCUGAUAACUUAGAGCUGGGAUCUGUUAGUACUAUCUCUCUUACUGUACCAGUUUUUAAGCCCAGAGACCCUCAUCUUUGGUUUGCACGACUGGAACAUUAUAUGGCUAGCAAUAAGCUCACGUCACAGACAGCUAAAUUUGGCAUUUUGAGUACAGUACUACCAGACGAAGUCGCCGAGCAGGUACGGCAAUACAUCGUUCAACCCAGCACGGAAGCACCUUAUGACAAGUUGAAGGAAGAGGUACUGCGAUGCACUUCGCUUUCAGAUAGGCAAGCACUCGAUCGCCUGUUAAGCAAUGUUGAGUUAGGGGAUAAAACCCCAUCGCAACUCAUGAGGCAUAUGCAAAGCCUAGUUGCCGGAAGAGAAAUCGACAAACGUCUCUUUUAUCAAAUCUGGCUGCGACGACUUCCCGCAAACAUCCAGCAGGUGCUUGCUUUCGGAGAUGACGACAUUGACAUAGAAAGGCUCACCGAAAUCGCGGAUCGCAUGUACGAGAGGUCAACACCUCAAUCUGUCGCUUCCACCAGCAGAAUACCAGACACUCACGAUAGAAUACAGACUCUAGAACACAAAGUCGACACCUUACUGAGUCAGUUAGCAAAACUGACCACACGCACACAACCAAGCCGUUCUAGAAGCUCGUCUCGCCGACGUCUUUCUCGAUCCCCUAGCACGUCACGACAACGCGAUAAUAUUUGCUGGUAUCACCGUAGUUAUGGAAGCAAAGCACGACGGUGCCGUUCACCUUGCAAUUUUCAGACUAAACCAAAAGAUAUAUCGUCAUGUGUAAAAAAUACUGUUGGCAACCUACGAUCUAACGGUCGUUUGUUUUAUGUAACAGAUAAAAAUACCGGUACUACAUUCUUAGUUGACACAGGAGCAGAGGUGAGUGUUCUCCCUCCGUCUACACAGGAACGUCAACAUCCUGACCCAGCAGUUACUCUCCAAGCUGUUAAUCAGUCCAGUAUUGUUACAUAUGGAAGUAAACGAAUGACUUUAGAUUUUGGUUUAAAGAAUACCUACACUUGGUCUUUCAUCAUUGCAGACGUUCCAUCCCCAAUCCUCGGUAUUGAUUUUCUGCAGCAACACAAACUGUUAGUUGAUCCGAUAAGCCCCAAGCUAAUAGAUUCGCUCAAUAAAACGUACAUUGCUGGUACGAUUAGCCGUGCAUCAUCACUGAACUUGAUGGUCACACGCACACCAGCAUCUCCAUAUACCAAUUUGGUAAAUCAGUUUCCUGACCUUUUACAACCUUCUUUUCGAGGAACAGAACCGAAGCAUCAUGUGGUUCAUCAUAUUAAAACCACUGGACCACCAGUUUUUGCACGUCCACGACGCCUUGACCCAUAUCGACUUAAAAUUGCCAAAACAGAGUUCGAUAAAAUGCUAGAGCUUGGUAUUAUUCGACCGUCCAACAGCUCUUGGUCUUCACCGCUUCACAUGGUACCCAAAAAGUCUUCUGGUGAAAUACGGCCGUGUGGUGAUUAUCGAGCUUUAAACAAGCAAACGGUACCUGAUAGAUACCCAAUACCACACAUCCACGAUUUUGCUAGCAACUUACCAAAUGUUAAAGUUUUCUCUAAAAUCGAUCUGGUCCGAGCGUAUCAUCAUAUCCCCAUCCACCCGGAUGACGUUCCGAAAACUGCCAUUACCACACCAUUCGGUUUAUACGAAUUCGUACGCAUGCCAUUCGGACUUAUGAACGCAGCUCAGACAUUCCAACGCCUAAUUGACCAAGUACUCCGUGGUCUCCCUUUCGUCUACGCAUACAUCGAUGACUUACUAAUCGCAAGUGCAGACGAAGCCGAGCAUUUGAAACAUGUGAAGACAGUGUUUGAAAGACUGAACAAAUACGGCAUGACGAUCAACUUAGAUAAAUGCGAAUUUGGUAAGACCUCCCUGAAAUUUCUCGGUCAUUUAAUCGAUAGCCAAGGAAUCAGACCAGUCCCUGAUGACGUACAAGCUAUCAAAGAUUAUCCACUACCAGAUUCUUUUAAAAAAUUACGACGAUUUUUGGGUCUCGUUAAUUUUUACCGGCGUUUUAUUCCCAACUGUGCUAAAGCUUUACAACCAUUAACCGAUUGCUUACGUGGACACAGUCGUUCAUUCCAUUUGCCCGCAGAAGCUGUUAAAGCAUUCGAAAAUGUCAAACAAUUGUUAAAUGACAAGACACUUCUAGUCAGACGCCAAAAUGACGCCCCCCUGUCUCUCAUGACGGACGCUUCAGACGUUGCCAUCGGGGCGGUUUUACAACAGCAAGUACACGGCGAAUGGCAACCCCUAGCAUUCUUUUCGAAACGACUGAAUCCUACUCAAUGCCGCUAUAGCACUUUUGGUAGAGAGUUAUUGGCUGUUUAUUUAGCAAUCAAGCACUUCCGACAUAUGCUGGAAGGUACAACUUUUACUGUCUUUACAGACCAUAAAGCUCUAACGAAAGCCUUAUCAGCAAAACAGGAUAACUACUCUCCGCGUGAACUACGACAUCUCGAGUUUAUAUCUCAGUUCACUUCUGAUCUGCGACAUGUGAAGGGUAAACACAAUGAAGUGGCAGACGCUUUAUCACGUGUGCACAUUGACAACAUUGUAUGCCCAGACAUCGACUACGAACGUCUCUCAAACCUACAACGAGAUGAUGCCGAGCUAAAAAAGAUUAUGUCUUCUAAAACAACAUCUUUAAAGCUAGACGCAAUUCCUUUUGGCACGACAAAAAUAAUCUGCGACACCUCUACAGGUAAAUAUCGACCUUUCGUCCCAGCAGCUAUGAGACAUACAGUAUUCGAGAAGUUACAUAACUUGUCUCAUCCAGGUGUCAGUGCUACUAUCAAACUAAUAAAAGAAAGAUUUAUAUGGCCGAACAUUAAUAGCGAUGUUAAGAAGUGGACACGAAAUUGCUUGUCUUGUCAAAGAGUCAAAAUCAACCGUCAUACCAAUGCACCACUUGGUCGCUUUCCUAACCCUGACUCUAGAUUUGAACAUAUACAUGUAGACAUAGUUGGUCCACUACCUCCUUCCAAUGGUUUCAACUAUAUUCUAACUUGCAUCGAUAGAUUCACUCGUUGGCCUGUAGCAGUUCCAAUAGCCGACGUCUCCGCUGAAACAGUAGCUAAAGCUUUGGUCGAAAACUGGAUAGCUAAUUUUGGUGUCCCAUCCAUUAUCACUACGGACAGAGGUGCUCAGUUUGAAAGCCGACUUUUUAACCAGCUAACUGAAUUACUGGGCAUCAAACGAAUACGAACAACCGCCUACCAUCCUAGUUCCAACGGCAUGGUUGAACGACUUCAUCGACAACUCAAAGCUGCGCUCGCUGCUUCUUUGACUCAAAACGACUGGUCAACCAAACUCCCACUGGUACUGCUUGGUAUACGAUCUGCUCUAAAGAAAGAUAUUGGCUGCUGUGUUUCCGAACUAGUCUAUGGAACAACAUUACGAUUACCAGGAGAAUUUUUCACCCCAGGUAACCAAGUUCCACAAGAUAUGACUGGUUAUGUGCACCAGCUAAAACAACACAUGAACGAGCUCAAGAUAUCACUUCCACGCCAGCAGGAACGAACGUCAUACAUCCCACCACAACUGACAGAUUGCACUCACGUCUUCGUCAGGAGAGAGGGUGUACAACGACCACUUCAACCCGCUUAUGAUGGCCCAUUCAAAGUUCAAAAUAGAAACGAUAAAGUUAUCACGAUAGAACGACUGAAUAAAGCAGAAGCCAUCAGUGUCGACAGAGUCAAACCAGCGUUCAUCGACGAUUUCGAAGACAACGAUGAAGAUCAGCUGAACGACGUGCCAACAUCUACAUCCACGCAAGCUUCAACUUUGCCAGAGAAACCUAUGAAAACUACACGUUCUGGUAGGAGAGUUCAUUGGCCUAAACGUUAUGUACAAAUCAUCAAUAUAUAACUUAUUACGAAUUUUCAUUUUUAUUAUCUUUAUUCGUAAUUGUCAUUUAACAACUCAUUUAACUGAUUAAUAUUUUCAUAAGUAAAUCACGUCACUACUAUUUUAACAUCGAUAUUCCCUGUAUUAUUACAUUUAAUCAUAUAGCGCUUAAUAUUCACGUAUCGUUUCCGUAUACAGACUACAGAUCCCCGGCUGAUUGUAUCAUUCCUUAUAUAUUCUACCACGAUCAUCAAUCCUAUUUUUUCUUUUAUUAUCGCAUUUAUUAUCGGCCUUAUUGACCGCAUUAAAUUGCUCAUUUUUUCAGCUUAAUAAAUCGCUUUCUGUGUACUGUAGCUGUUACGUAUUACGCUGAUGCAUGUUAUUGUCGAACACUUAAAUGUAUUUUUUUAUAUUUCAGUGUUCUGGUGGGGGAAUUAUGUAGUACCCCUGUACCAACUAUAAACAUACGUUUUUAAUCUAAUUUGCAUACUCAUAUUAUAUGUUUACACAUACCGAUUUUAUAUGUACUUCGUAAACAUUUGUCAAUUUACUGUUGAACGUUACCUUGAUACUUUUUUCGAAAUUUGACUACGGCUAUAAUACACGAUUAUACUCUUCACAAGUGCCUUCUGAUUUUACGUUGUGGGCGUCGAGUAGCCACAACGUCUGCGCACAUUGAUAAACGUGAAGAAGUACUAGGAAAUACGUGUACGCUCAUUUAGUCAAAUAGAACACGCAAUA